CGGGCGAGGUGCGCCUCUUCAGAGACUUAUCUUCGGUGGAAGCCGGUGCAGCUCCUCACGACCUCCUGGGUUGCACGGAUGACAAUAUCAACGACAGGUGUUUAGAGGACCUACAGAACCUCGUCGACGAUGCAAGUAGAACAAUAUUAUCUGCAGACGCCGAAUGCAGAUCAGCUCUGGAGUUCGAGACGCAAAGUUUGGAUGAACUUGCGUUUUGGUGUGACACUUUUUCGAAACUUCCAUUAGCAGACCCAUGCGGACCGAUGAUGCUUGAACAUGAGCCUGAGGUGUUGUUUUGUGAGAGGACACAAGAGUUCAUGAUUAGUGUGUCUGAAGAGAACCGCCUUGUGCAAUUCGUGCUUCGCGGAUGCGGCCGCAUUUGGAAGGACGAACUCUUACUGCGCUAUAACAACAUUGAACCAGACAAGUGGCUUCGGGAUCAACUAACACCAGCGACAGGUGUACAUAAUGGGACGCAAGUGU